CGUUGAAGGUUAUCAAAACCCGCCUCGGCUAUGAACCUUAGACAUGCAGCGAAUCGGCCUUCUGCAUCAGGGCCUCAACCUUUCCAAGGCGUGGACAUUUUGGAGUUGAAGAAACGGGGCCAACGUCUUCGCUCUUGGAUUAGUGUUGAUGCGUCAGGAAACUCCCAGAUUAUUGAAGUCGAUAAGUUGGCUAUGAUGCGUCGUUGUCAUCUUCCUGCUCGCGAUCUUCGACUCCUAGAUCCUCUCUUUGUUUACCCCUCCAUGAUUCUUGGGAGAGAGAAGGCAAUUGUUGUGAAUUUAGAGCAAAUUCGAUGUAUCAUCACAGCAGAUGAGGUUCUGCUCUGCAAUUCACGUGGUAGCCACGUCUUGCAGUACGUGGAGGAGCUGCAACGGAGACUGACAACGGCUGGGCCUGGUGAUGUUUUGCAGUCUGAUGGGAACAGAAGACCAAGUAGGAAUAAUUUACACAACACAUCCCCUGAUUACUUGCCCUUUGAGUUUAAGGCUCUUGAAGUUGCUCUGGAAGCUGCUUGUACGUUUCUUGAUUCUGAGGCAUCAGAGUUGGAGUUUGCAGGAUAUCCAUCACUAGAUGAACUGACAUCAAAGAUCACUUCAUUAAACUUGGAGAUUGUUCGUCGAUUGAAAAGUAGACUUGUUGCAUUGACUAGUAGAGUGCAGAAGGUUAGGGAUGAGAUAGAGCAGCUCAUGGACGAUGACGGAGAUAUGGAUGAAAUGUAUCUCACUAGGAAGAAGAGUCGGAUGGAAUCUUCAUUUGAUGGUGAUCAAUCAUUGAUGGGAUUCAGACCAAAUGAUGGUGUGCAGUCUAUUUCUGCUCCAGUUUCUCCUGUUUCUUCACCUCCUGAUUCCCCGAGGUUGAGACGGCGUGAUGGCACAGAGGGUAUAGGAGAGCUGGAAAUGUUGCUGGAAGCGUAUUUUGUUGUCAUUGACAGCACCCUGAACAAAUUGACAACGUUGAGAGAGUACAUUGAUGACACAGAGGAUUACAUUAACAUUCGACUGGAUAGUGUCCGUAACAGGCUGAUUCUGGUCGAGUUGCUACUCGCAACUGCAACCUUUGUUGUUGCCAUCAUCGGGUUGGUAGCAGGGGUCUUUGGCAUGAACUUCCCAGUACCAAUGUUUUACAACCCUCGCGCAUUUAAGUGGGUUCUCAUAAUUACUGGAAUUUGUGGGAUCUUCAUAUUUUGUGCAUUUGUUUGCUUCUUCAAGUAUAUAAGACUCAUGUCUAUGUAGAUGUAUUAGGAAAUUUCUAUAUGAAAUUUUAGUACUAUAGUUAUUCUUAAAUUAUGUUCCGUUUGUUGCUAUGUAUAGAAUAGUAUAAUUUUUUGUUAUCGUAUGUAUAAGUUAAUCAUUGGAUAAGUUGAUGUAUGUUUGGAAAAAAAAAUGGUAUAAUUUGGACUUGUAUAGUAUAAUUCUUAUACAAUAAAUGGUUUGUUGUUACACCAAAUAAUAGAAAAUGGAAAAGAUGGCUAUUGCUUUGAGCAAUGUCUCGGAGAACAUCCAAUGGAAUGUCAACUAUGCAGGAAAUUGCGCAAGCACUCAUAUCUAUCAGAAACAUGUCUCUAGAGAUUUCUAUGAAGGUUUAGGCAGGUCAGUUAUUCUUGAUUCAAUGUAAGGUUUCAAUACAGCUUUUUCUUUUUCUUUUUUUCCAGUUGAAUGAAAGCACAGGAGAACAAGAGAAUGAAAGUCGACUUCUGCACCUGCAACUCAAAAUUUUGUCUCUUUGCAUCUCAUUUGACCAAAAGAAAGAAAAGAAAAGAAAUUGUAUGGCUCGCGUGGGACUUGUUGAGGAGAUAAUCCA